AUGAAUAGAAAAUCGUUAGGACAACUCCUCGUAGAAAUUGAAAACAAUUUCGUCAUUGAUGAUUACAAUACAUUGGAAAAAAAAUUUAUUUUUAUGAAAUAUACUAAAUUGGCAAAAUAUUAUUUUUUAAUUGCACUUACAUCGAUGGCCAUUGCCGUUGGAUUGUAUUACAUCGCCGGGAUGAUACCGAACGUAAAAAUUGAAAUCAUUGAAAAUAAUUUGAACAUAUCGAUAGAAAUGUUUUCUCAACAAAAUGAAACUCUUUCAUUUGAUGCAACUUCGAUACGGCAAUUUUUAAUCCAAAUUUUUCCCAAUCGUUUACGCCCUUUUAUUUUGUAUUUCUAUUGGGAUAUUUAUAAUCCUGAAUAUAUAAAUCUAAACGACUUUCUUAAAAGAACUUCAGCAAAAAUAUGCAUAAGUAACAUUAAGAAAAUGUUAAUCAUACCGAUUGUCGUAAUUGGUUAUGUUGGAUUCGAUUGUUUAUUUACACAUCUGGCUAUUCACAUUACGGCACAAUUUGGAAUUCUCAGCUGCAAGAUUAGAGAAAUUCUCGAUGACUGUAAUAAUUUUCGAUUUAAUAUCAAGACAUUGGUAUUUCGACAUAAUAAAUUGAUAAGACAAGCAGAAUGCUUGGAAGAUAACUUUAAUAUAAUGAUAUUACAACAAUUGAUGGGAACUACGUUCCACCUUUGUAUAUCAGGUUACAAUACACUUGCAGGUUCCGUAAAGCAAGAAGGACAAACACUAUUAUUAUUCUUUUUUUACGCCUUUAACGUCUUGAGUACACUGUUUAUUUAUUGUUACGUCGGCGAGAGUCUCAUUCAAGAAGUAAUUGAGAUUUAA